AUGUCUGAUCGCGAAAUUCUACCCGAUAAUGUCAAGCCUCACCACUAUGGCUUGUCUAUCAAGGAUAUCGAGUUCAAGAACUGGACCUACAAGGGCACGGUAACCAUCGACUCCGAACUCGUCAAGCCCACCACUCAGAUCGUCGUCAAUACCCUCGAGCUUAAGUUGCUCCGUGCCAAGGUUUCAGUUGAUCAAACCAAAUCCACCCAGAGCUGGCAGUCUACCAACUUUUCCAACGAUGAAAAAGCCCAGCGAACCACCAUAACCUUUGACCAGGAGAUUCCCGUCUCCAGCAAGGCUACUGUCACCAUCGAGUUCGAGGGUACCAUCAACAACAACAUGGCCGGUUUCUACCGCUCCAGGUACAAGCCUGUUGCUGGUACUACCCCUGCCGCUUCUGUUCCCUUCGAUGAUGAGUGGCACUACAUGUUUAGCACUCAGUUCGAGUCCUGCGAUGCUCGUAGAGCUUUUCCUUGCUUCGACGAACCCAACCUCAAGGCCAGCUUUGAUCUCGAGAUCGAGGUACCUGUUGACCAGGUUGCUCUCAGCAACAUGCCCGUCAAGGAGACCAAGCCUUCUCGGGACGGCUGGCACGUCGUCUCAUUCGAGAGAACACCCCGCAUGAGCUCCUAUCUGCUUGCCUGGGCUGUUGGUGACUUCGAGUAUGUCGAAGCCUUCACUGAUCGUCGCUACAACGGCAAGCAGCUCCCCGUUCGCGUAUACACUACGCGGGGUCUCAAGGAGCAGGGUCGAUGGGCACUCGAGCACGCUCCACAGACCAUCGACUUCUUCUCCGAGAUUUUCGACAUUGACUACCCCCUACCCAAGUCGGAUCUUCUCGCCGUUCACGAAUUUACCCACGGUGCCAUGGAAAACUGGGGCCUCGUCACCUACAGAACCACUCGCGUUCUCUACGAUGAAAAGACCUCCUCGCCCCGUCUCAAGAACGACAUUGCCUACGUUGUGGCCCACGAACUGGCUCACCAGUGGUUCGGCAACCUUGUCACUAUGGACUGGUGGGAUGAGCUCUGGCUCAACGAAGGCUUUGCUACUUGGGUUGGCUGGUACGCCGUUGACCACAUUCACCCCGAUUGGGAAGUUUGGGCCCAAUUCGUCAACGAAGGCAUGGAGACUGCUUUCAAGCUUGACGGUCUUCGCGCCAGUCACCCUAUUCACGUUCCCGUUCGCGACGCCCUCGAUGUCAACCAGAUUUUCGACAGCAUCAGCUACCUCAAGGGAUGUUCCAGCAUCCGCAUGCUCGCCAAUCACCUCGGCGUCAAGACUUUCCUCAAGGGUGUCUCCAGCUACCUCAAGGCCAAUGCCUACAAGAACGCCAAGACCUCUGACCUGUGGGCUCACCUUAGCGAGGCCUCGGGCAAAAAGGUCGACCAACUCAUGGGACCCUGGAUUGGCAAGAUUGGUCACCCCGUCAUUACUGUGUCCGAGCAGCCUGGUCAGCUUUCCGUCAAGCAAACCCGAUUCCUCUCUAGUGGUGACGUCAAGCCCGACGACGAUACCACCACCUGGUGGGUGCCUCUCGGUCUCGAGGGAAAGAAGGGCGAGGCUGGCAUUUCUUCGGUCGAGCUCAACGCCAAGGAGGAGACUAUCAACGGCGUUGAUGAUGGCUUUUACAAGCUCAACUCUGGUGCCACUGGCUUCUUCCGCGUCAACUACCCUGAGUCCCGUCUUAUUAAGCUCAGUUCCCAGCUCGACCGCCUUGAUCCCGUCGACAAGAUGGCCAUUAUCGGAUCUACUGCGGAACUAGCUUUUGCUGGUAACUGCAGCACUGCCAGUUUGCUUACGUUCCUCAGCGCCUUUGCCAACGAGACCCAUCCCCUGGUUUGGAGCCAGGUGCUUGAUGCCAUUAGUGGUAUCAAAAGCGUCUUUAACCAGGAUGAGGUCAUUCGCACAGGCCUCAACAAAUUCACCAUCAAGUUGAUUGAGAACCGAAUCAAGUCUCUUGGCUUCGAUCCUGCCGAAGAUGAAUCCUAUCUGACCAUACAAUUGCGAACUCAUAUUCUAACGAGCGCUGUGUCAAGCCGUCAUCCCGAGACACUUGCCGAAGCUUUGAAACGAUUCAAUGCUUGGGCUGAGAACCCCGAAGCCAGCACUCUCCAUCCCUCGCUUCUACCCCCUGUUCUUCAAGCAGCCAUCGUUGCGGAGACGGCUUGUGCUGUUGACUUCCUGAAGAAGGAGUGGUUCGAAACCAAGUCUGUGGAUGGCAAGCUCGUCAUUUCUCGCGCCCUUGGUUAUGUUCCCGACGGUGAAAUCAUCAAGAAUGAAAUCAUUCCCUUCAACUUCAACUCGUCGCCCCGCGACAACAACACAGCUGAUAUGCACUUCCUCGGAGCCGGUCUUGCAAACAAUCCGUUUGGCCGCCAAAUUCAGUGGCAGUACAUGAAGGACAAUUGGGCCACUUGCCUUAAGAAGCUCUCUAACCCCAUCGUUCUGGACCGCUUUAUUCGCAGCACGCUGAGCAACUUUGUCGACGAUGGCGACGUGGCCGACAUUACUGCCUUCUUCCAGGAUAAGGAUGUCAGCAGCUACAACCGCACUCUGGAGACAGCCAAGGAUAAGUCGAGCGCCAGAGCUGCCUACAAGAAGCGCGAUGCUGCCGCCAUCAAGGAGUGGCUCGCCGCCAAGGGAUACUGA